AUAGCUUUUGUUCAAAAGCACUUUUGAAAAAAAUACACAUAAAAUACUUUUUAAAAGCUUGAUCAAACACUAAUUGCUGCUCAAAAGUACUUUUAAAUUAAUUGACCAAACACAAACUAUUUUUAGCCAAAAAUACUUUUUUGAAAAAAACACUUUUUAAAAUAAGCUAUUUUUAGAAGUUUGGCCAAACAGACUAUAAAUCUACACAAAAAAACAUGUCAAUCCUAACUUCAGUAGUGUGGAGCAAAGAGGAAGAAAUAGCCUUUGAGAAUGCCAUUGCCUUGCACUGUAUUGAUGACUCCAAAGAGCAAUGGGAGAAUAUUGCUUUGAUGGUCCCAAGUAAAACCACUGAAGAGCUGAAGAGACAUUACCAAUUGUUAGUGGAUGAUGUAACCGCCAUUGAAUAUGGGUAUGUUCCAAUUCCCAAUUACACUGUAGGCCAUGGCUAUUCUAGAGUUUCUGGUUGGCAGUCGAACGGAAAUGGGCUUGGAGGCACAGCCCAGUACCAAGAGAGACGAAAAGGGAUGCCAUGGACUGAAGAAGAGCACAGGUUAUUCUUGCUUGGUUUAAACACGUACGGAAAAGGAGAUUGGAGAAGCAUUUCAAGGAACUUUGUGAUAUCGAGGACACCAUCCCAAGUGGCUAGCCAUGCCCAAAAGUACUUUAACCGUUUGUACUCCAACAAUAGCGGUAGAAGAAGAUCCAGCAUCCAUGACAUUACUAUUUAAAUUAGUGGAGAUCUAUUGUGAAAAUGUUUUUUGGACUUCACAUAAAAUUAAAAAGCAUCUUGAAGUUAAAGGAUCAUGGUUUUUACGUUAAAAUUUAGCUUUUCUUUUUUAAUCCAAACUCAGGCUUGACACGCCUACUACUUUUAGCUCAUGUGUUCUUAAUCUAAAAGAAUCAAGUCUUUGUAUUGCUAGCCUCAAGAAUGUUUGCGAUCCAA